AGAGAGAAAGCUGGAGGAGAGCAACAGCAGCCUGGAGAAAGGGGCAGAGACUCAGCCCCCUCCUCCCCCCCCCGGCAGAGUGAACGGAGGAGCAGACUUCAGGACAAGGGGGCCCGAGUCAUCCCAGGAGAAGCCGAUUCCCAAGCCGGGUCGAAGCUGUGCAACCAGGGACACAGGCAUGGAACAAAUUCUUGGGCAGCGAGGGUGAGGGACACCUUUCCAUGGGACACCUCAGUCAGCAGACCUGCACUGGCACCCUGGGAAUCUGGAAUUGGAAUCCAGCACGUCACCUCGCCUAGCGUGCAGGCACGGCUUACACAUCCUAAAUAUGGCAGAUUUUUCAGAUUCAGAAGGAGCUGUAAAUUGGAAAGAAAGAUGUUUAACUCUGGAAUCACAGUUAAUGAAGUUUCGUCUCCAAGCAAGCAAGAUCAGAGAAUUAUUAGCAGAAAAGAUGCAGCAGCUUGAGAGACAAGUUAUAGAUGCUGAUCGUCAAGCAGAGAGAGCUUUUCAGCAGGUGCAGGUUAUGGAAGAAAAACUAAAAGCAGCAAAUAUUCAAACCAGUGAAUCAGAGAUCAGAUUGUAUAAGAGGUGUCAAGAUCUGGAGACUUUGGUACAAGAGAAAGAUGACAUUAUACAAAACCUGGAGCAGCAACUUGAAGAACAGAAGCAAACAAGAAUACAAGAGGCAAAAAUCAUAGAGGAAAAAGCUGCUAAAAUUAAGGAAUGGGUAACAGUCAAACUUCAUGAGUUAGAGGUGGAAAAUCAGAACCUUCGUUUGAUCAACCAAAAACAAACAGAAGAGUUGAGAACAAUACAGUCUAAAGUGCAAGAAGUUUUGGGAAAGAAAUCUGCUUCUUCAGCCCAAAAGCCUGGUGAAGGUCAACGCCUAAGCAGUGUGACUUUUGGCUGCUUUUUAAACAGAGCAAAAAGUCCUCAGCAAGCUACUAAAUUUGAAGAAAUAAGGAAAGCAUCAACCAAAGAAUCAGAAUUCAGUGAAGACCAUAACAUCCUAGAGAAAGAAAUUCAGGAAAUAAAAUUUGCUGGUCCACAUGAGAAUAAUAAAUGUCAAAAAUCAUUGCAACAAAGCUCCUGUGAAUCAGAACAAAAUAAGAAUGUAAGAACAAGCCGUUCAUCAAAAGAUAUUGAUAGCAGUAUAUCAAAGAACUACAUUACAGGAAGUGAUUGGAGCUCAGAUGAGGAUGAAGGGGGCAAUGAAAGACCAAAAUCCAGGUGUGCAUCGACCCUUUCAAGUCACACAUCUGAAGAAAGUACAAGAUACAGCAGAGUUGGGAGUGAAAUGUAUUUGACAGCAUCUGAUGACAGCAGUUCUUUUUUUGAAGAAGAGAGUUUUGGAAUUCAGAGGACUGAGCACAAAAAACUAUAUCCUUGGCAGCAAGGAUCUCCAUGGAGAAGUCAGAACAGUUCAGUUGGAAAAAGUAACCCAGAGUUUUUGGGUAACAAGAAGGACCAAGAUAGUUCUUCAGAUGACCUGAAUAAGAAAUUUCAAUCUCAGAGACUAGAUUAUUCAUCUUCAUCCAGCGAGGCAAAUACACCAAGCCCAAUUUUAACCCCUGCCCUAGCUCCUAAGCGUUCUGUUCUGACACCUUCAGCAGGUUCCCAGUUUGUCCCACAAUCAGGUUCUCCAACAAAUUUGCCACCUCCAAAGUUACGGACUCCCAAUGUAUUUAGCAUAAAUUUAGCACUGGCAAAAAAGCAUUUAAGCCAGCCGCAGCUCAGUUCUGAUAGAAUGUUUGGUAGAAAUAGGAAUGCUAUAAGCAUGAUACGACCCUGGAGACCACAAGAAACAGACAUAGACCUGGUAGAUGGGGAAGGUACCGACAUUUUAGAAAAAAUGGAGAUUGGUUACGGUGAAGGAGUGUUAACUUAUGACUCUGUUGAGGUAGAGAGUGCAGAAGACCAAGAACCUUGUGAGACAACAAGGAAGGGAGGUAGCAACAAACCUCCAACUCCUCCACUGCAUCGAUUUCCCUCCUGGGAAAGCAGAAUCUAUGCUGUAGCCAAGUCAGGCUUACGAAUGUCUGAAGCUUUCAACGUGGAGGCUUUUAACAAAAGUGCUGCUUCAAUAACUUCAUGUUCUAUAUCAGGAUUAUACACUUCUCUGAUAUAUAAGAAUAUGACCACACCAGUCUACACAACUCUGAAAGGGAAGGCAACUCAGAUAAGCAACAGCCCAUUCAUAGAUGAUUCUUCAGGAUCUGAGGAAGAAGACAGCUCCCGAUCCAGCUCACGGACUUCUGAAUCUGACUCUCGAAGUAGAAGUGGUCCAGGUAGUCCCAGGGCAUUGAAACGAGGUGUGUCUUUGUCUUCCAUGACCUCAGAAAGUGACUAUGCUAUUCCUCCUGAUGCCUACUCAACAGAUACAGACUAUUCAGAGCCAGAGCAGAAACUUCCUAAAACCUGUUCCUCAUCUAGUGAUAAUGGAAAAAAUGAGCCAUUGGAAAAAUCUGGCUAUUUGUUAAAAAUGGGCGGCAAAGUAAAGACCUGGAAACGACGGUGGUUUGUGCUUAAAGGUGGUGAAUUACUGUAUUAUAAAUCUCCGAGUGACGUAAUUCGAAAACCCCAAGGACAAGUUGAAUUAAGUGCAUCUAGCCAUAUUGUAAGAGGUGAUGGAAAACAAACAGUUCAGCUGACCACAAAAAAACGAGCUUAUUACCUGACAGCUGAUUCUCCAAAUAUCUUAGAAGAAUGGAUCAAAGUCCUACAGAAUGUUCUUAAAGUACAAGCUGCCAGCCCACUUUUCAUACAGCCCGAUGUCAAACCAACCAUGAAAGGAUUACUUACAAAGGUGAAACAUGGAUACUCCAAAAGAGUGUGGUGUACUCUGGUUGGAAAAACACUGUAUUAUUUUCGUAAUCAAGAAGAUAAGUUUCCACUGGGCCAAAUCAAGCUAUGGGAGGCUAAAGUUGAAGAAGUUGACAGGUCAUGCGAUUCAGAUGAAGAUUAUGAGGCCAGUGGUCGCAGUCUGCUAUCAACACAUUACACUGUUGUUAUCCAUCCCAAAGAGCAAGGACCUACCUACCUUCUUAUAGGAUCCAAGCAUGAAAAGGACACUUGGCUUUAUCACUUGAGCGUGGCUGCUGGAAGCACUAAUAUAAAUGUUGGAUCAGAAUUUGAACAACUUGUUUGCAAAUUAUUAAAUGUAGAAGGUGACCCCUCUUCUCAGAUAUGGAGACACCCUACUCUGUGUCACAGCAAAGAAGGAAUUGCUUCCCCUCUUACAACACUGCCAUCAGAAGCCCUACAGACUGAAGCAAUUAAAUUAUUUAAGACCUGCCAGUUGUUUAUAAAUGCUGCAGUUGACUCUCCUGCCAUUGAUUACCAUGUAUCUUUGGCCCAAAGUGCUUUGCAGAUCUGCCUCACACAUCCUGAACUUCAAAAUGAGAUCUGCUGCCAGCUCAUUAAACAGACAAGACGACGACAUCCACAGAACCAGGCAGGGCCAAUACAGGGUUUGCAGCUAUUAGCUCUCUGUGUUGGACUCUUUCUUCCCCAGCACCCAUUCCUCUGGCUCCUUAAGCUUCAUUUAAAGAAGAAUGCAGAUUCCAGGACUGAAUUCGGGAAAUAUGCAAUUUACUGUCAGAGAUGUGUAGAAAGAACCCAGCAGAACGGGGACCGAGAAGCAAAGCCAUCAAGAAUGGAAAUCCUUUCAACCCUUCUAAGAAAUCCCUAUCAUCAUUCCUUGCCCUUUAGUAUUCCAGUUCAUUUCAUGAAUGGCAUAUACCAGGUUGUUGGGUUUGAUGCCUCUACUACAGUGGGAGAAUUUCUGUACACCCUCAACCAGGACACAGGAAUGAGGAAGCCAGCCCAGUCAGGAUUUGCUUUGUUUACUGAUGAUCCUUCUGGCAAGGAUAUAGAGCACGGUCUUCAAGGAAACAUCAAGAUCUGUGACAUUAUUUCUAAAUGGGAGCAAGCCUCCAAAGAACAGCAUCCUGGGAAGUGUGAAGGCACAAGAACUGUUCGCCUCACCUACAAAAAUAGGCUUUAUUUCUCAGCUCAAGUCCAUGGGGAAACAGACAGGGAGAAGCUGCUGUUGUUGUAUCAGACAAAUGAUCAUAUAGUAAAUGGACUUUUCCCUGUAAACAAAGAACUGGCACUGGAAAUGGCAGCCCUUUUAGCACAGGUGGAGAUUGGAGACUUUGAAAGGCCUUUCUCAACUCCUGCAGGGCAGGGCACUUCCCAGUCUAAGUCCAAUCAAACAUUAAAACAAGUUGUGGAGAGGUUUUAUCCAAAGAGGUAUAAACAAGGGUGUUCUGAAGAACAAUUAAGACAGCUUUGUCAGCGAUUGUCUACGAGAUGGAUGGCUCUCCGGGGGCACAGUGCUGCAGACUGUGUGCGCAUUUAUCUCACAGUAGCCAGAAAAUGGUCGUUUUUCGGGGCUAAACUGUUUGUAGCAAAACCUCAAACAACUUCCACACAGGAAAGUUCCUUCAUAUGGCUUGCUGUACACGAAGAUGGCAUAAGCACCUUAGAAUACAGCUCUAUGCGAUUAAUAGUUACAUAUGGACAUAGGAGUCUAAUGACCUUUGGAGGAUACCAAGAUGACUUUAUGCUAGUAGUCAGUAAUACCCAGACAAAGGACAAGCCAACAGAAAAACUCCUUUUUGCAAUGGCAAAACCAAAGAUUCUUGAGAUCACUCUUCUGAUUGCCAGCUAUAUUAACAAUCUUCACCAACAAAAGGGAGCUGAUCAUCACCUUUCUGCUCCAGCACUACCAUCACUUAAAACGGUACAGGAAACCAAAGAAAUGGGAAGUCAGCCCCUUCUUUCUAACAGUAGACCUACCAAAUGCCCUACUCUGUUAUGAAAAAGUCAGGUAUCUGUGAAAACCUGUCUGUUGUAUACUUUAUGUUGACUGAACAUCUUCAGAUGCGUUGACAUCAUAGCAUCUUUAGGUCUAUAACAAAUAAACUGAUUUCUGUGCCUUUCUGCAUGAGAGUCUCCCAUAUACCCUCUUUUAAAACAUCACCAACAAAUUGAAGAUGAAAUGAUUUCAGCCUAUUUCUGAAAACUGCAAAAUCUGGUCUGCUUGAAAUGCAUUAUACCUAGGGCUCAAAAAACAAAACCAAAAGAAAAGAUCUUGGAAGAAGGGCACAAGGGCAUAGUUUGGUAGGCCUUAUCAUUGGAAUAAGUUCAGAAACUCAAGGAUUUUCAACAGAUUUUCCCAGGGAGGAUGCUCUCGUCAACUUUCUAUCCCCAGUUCUCAAAUUAUGCACACUGCAUAAUCUUGGUUAUGAGAAAAAAUAUAGGAAAACAAAUACAUAGAUUUUCCACUUCCUCACUAUUACUUUCUGCAAUGCCAGCACCCCUUAGAUAUAGACUAAAGGGGACAUUUUUGUGGAAUCCCUUUUAUUAAAUAUUGGCAGGAUAUCACCAGUCACAUACGUUAUAAUUUAUUAUAAUGAAGGAACUGAAGAAUGUUCUCAGGUUUCAUUUUUGGCCUCUGUUAUACAGCUGCUUACUUGUGAGAGCUCUAGCAAUGGGCUCUAUAAACUCUUCAUUUUUCCCUUAAAUUUAAAUUGGAUUCACACACACUCUCUCUCUCUCUCUCUAAGUGGAUUUUUUUUGUUUGUUUUGUAAAACUGUGUUAAUAAAACAACCCAACUGUUUAUGCUGUUAAGUUUGCCAUUAUUCUUGAUCUUAAAUAAUUUUAGUCCAGAAAUGAAAGUGACCCAAUUCAAACCAUUAGCACUUAUAUGAAUAUAUCUAUAGCAGUUAGCUUUAUUCAUGUGUAAACUUGGAGACAUAGGUUUCACAAAAUGUCUGAUGUACAUAUUGUACACACCCUAAUGCAGUAUUGUGUUAAUAUAAGCCUAAUACAGGAAAAUGUUGCACUGUAUUGUAUUCAUGUGUUUCAGGCCAUAAUAUUGGUAUUAUGUGCUCUUGCGCAAUAGAAACAAGAUCCUCUUCAGACCUAAAUAUCUGAUUUUUUCCACAGUUUUAUUUGCCUCCAGUACUACUUACUGGGAAUAUUUGUCAUUUAAAUAAAAUUUUUAUACUAAUCACUUCUUAGUAUUUGAAACUUGAAUAAUUUCUUAAUGCUGAAUCUGUAACAUGAGAUGGUUAAUAAUUUUUUUUCUGAUUUCAAUUAUCACGUGCAUUUCAGACUUUUUGCCCUCUACAGAUGUCAGAGAGCAUACUCUAAACUGACUAGCACCAGAUUACAAGAGAGCUAACUUGUAGAAAAGAACACAUAACGCAUCCGUAUAAUAUCAAAAACUGUAGAGACUGAUUGAGAGCUGAAUGCACUCAACAAGAUAGUAGGAUUUUGAAGGCUUUCAUCUAACACCACUAAUCUGUAGGACUUUAACACUAUUUUGGUAACGGUGUUAAAAGGUAAAGCCCUGGCCUGGGAACUCUACACUGCACUUAUCACUUCUGUGAAAUCUUGCAAUAAGGAUAACUUGCAUCAGUCCCUCAACAGACUUCCCUCUGGUUUUAAGUAAAAUAGACAGAAUCAAACUUUAGGCCUGGAUUCUGCAAAUAAAAACAUGCCUAAUUCAGAUUUCA